AUGCAAGAAUCCAGACAGUGGCCAAAAUGGAGAAGAUCACCACCUCCAACUCCCGUUGACGGGAUUGAUGGGAUCCCGCUUGCGGAUAUACGUCCCAGAGGUGCCGUCGGCAACGGGACGCUCGUGACCGCGCACCCAGCACCACGGGAUCCCCACCCACCUCCAGCCGAAGGCGGUGGUAGAGGCCCUACUCCCGCUUCAAUCACCACUGCUUCCUCCACAAAUGGACAAAAUGAUGCUGAAACAGACCGCUUGCCAUCCGCCCUCUCCUCCCCCUCCUCCUCCUCCUCCUGUUCCUCCUCGUCCGCAUCCAAAGGCCUCUCCCCUACCCCGUCACCGUCUCCGCAUCAAAGCGACCGCAACAACUCCUAUUACCCGAGCAACGACGAUGGUAUGCCCCUCUCAACGAUGGCAAAGAAGCCUCCGCCACCACCCCCUACCCCCCAGGACGAGGACCUUCAACCCGUACCCCCUGCUCUAGGAGCAAUAUCGGUAGACCGUCCACAAACAGAGAGCGAACAGCAGCCGCAGUCGCAGCCAAUGAGGUGGCGACAAUCUAUGGAUCAAGGCCGAAGCUUUGGACUGGGAGGAGGAGUAGGAGCACCUGCGGCUGCUGCGGCAAGUAAGACGGGGGAGUACAUGCGGGGGAUGGCAGCCGAGGCACGCGCCUGGAGCGCCAGAGCGCUCUCUGGGGCUGCGAGUGUUGACAAUAGUGGCAGUAGCUGGACCCGAGGCGAUCCUGUCGAUCCCGUGACCAUGUUGCUGCCGGACUCUGCUUUCGGGGAGCGGGUGGGAGGGCCCUCAGGAAGAGGGCCGUUGCUGCGAAGACUUCAGACUACUGUGUAUGGCAUGCUCGAUGACUUCGUGGUGGUAACUAUCUCUCGUCCGGGGCCUCUGUAUGUGCGCCUCAAACCUGAUUCUCGAGGCCUCGUGAUCGUUAACAACUUCGACGUGGUACCUGACGAUCCACACACUAGCUGCCCACGACUGGGACCCCUUGAGAGUGUGGGCACGGUGAUUCCUGGAGACGCGUUGGCCUCUGUUAAUCGAGAGGUGCUGUUGGGACGCCCGUUUUCGGAGUGCGUCAGGUGCAUCAAAGAGGCAUCCUCAAGUGCGACGGCAGCUCGCCCGUGCGUGCUGUGCUUCCGGAGAGCGGAUCCGGAGUGCUUGGGAGCAAACCUUGGAUCGCCUCCCAGAAAACUUGAGCAGGAGAAAUUCCGAUCCUUGGAACGGCUGUUGGAAGGAGGUGAAGGAGGCGUGAUGGAUGAAGCGAAGCUUCGGGGGAUUACAUCAACGGGUGUGCCCGACCAUGGGGGGUUGCGACCGGUUUUGUGGAGAAUCCUUCUCCGGUGUCUUCCUCCCAAUCGGCCUCAGUGGUCAGCGCACUUGGAAACGCAGCGGGUGCUGUACGCGCGGUUUGUCGACGAUCUAGUCUUAAAACCGGCGAAGAUCGUUACACAAGGUGGUGCCGACAGUCGAAGCGAGGAGACGAGCACAGCAGUACAAGCGACAACGAGCGCCAAUCGGGAUGGCGACAAGGCAAGCAGCGCCGCUGAGCGAUUAGUAGACGCUUCGAGUGGCCGAGGGGUGCCGCAUUCGCAUGGGAAGUCUGGAGGAAGCAACGAAGAAGCUUCAAGUUGCACGACGUUGGAGAAAUCUCCUCGGGGGGGAAAGGGGGGCGAUGAUCCCGUCCUCGAGGGACAGAAUAGUGAGCAAGACGUUGCUAAAGUCGAAGUAAUUGAGCAAAACAGGAUUCCCUCAGCGACGAAGCCGAGCCUCCAGCCUGGCGUUAGCGAACACUUUCCAGGCGAGCUGUGCCUGAAUCGCAAGUUAACCAAGGGACCGGUGGACGAUGACCCUCUGAGUAACAAAGACACAAGCGAGUGGGCCGCGCUUUGGUCUGACAAGGAGUUGAUGCAAGCCAUCGAUCAGGACGUAGUUCGCACAAUGCCAGACCUUGCCUUCUACGCCUGCCGGAGUAUCGAAGACAACGAUAGCGACAUGGUUGGCAGUAGCGCUAGUGGUGAAGGUGGCAGCGGUGACAGCUCGGAGGGCGAGCGGCGGCGACGAGGGCAAGAGAGGCGAGAGGCACUCGCCCGUAUUCUGUUCGUGCACGCCAAGCUGAACCCCGCCGAGAGCUACACUCAGGGUAUGAACGAGAUCGUGGCCACCCUAUACUUUGUUUUGGCCAGCGACGAGAACGAAGAAUGGAAUCGACAUUGCGAAGCAGAUACCUUCUUUUGCUUCACCAACCUCAUGUCGGAGAUCCGGGAUGUCUUUUUGGCCUCCAUGGACGAAAGCGAGAGUGGCCUCCACGGGAAAAUGGAGGCUUUCUCGCGGACUCUUCGGCAACACGAUCCGGAGCUCGCAGAACACAUGGUGAGCCUGGCGUUGGACCCUCGCUACUUUGCGCUCAGGUGGUUCACCACCCUUCUCAGCCGAGAGUUCGAUCUUCCAGAUACCAUCCGGCUGUGGGAUUCGUUGUUCGCUGCCCAAGACCGCUCGACCUUCCUCGUGUUCGUGUUCGUCACCUUGAUGCUGGCCCAGCGAGAGACGCUCCUAGCUGGAGACUUCGCGUCAAACUUGCAGUUAUUGCAAGCGUAUCCGCCGACGGACGUCCCGGAAAUUUUAGCCCAGAGCGAGGCGCUACGCCUGUUUAGCGCCAGGGGUGACGCGGCUAGGGCUGGGGGGUUGGCAGAGCAAAGAGCGAAAGAAGCGGCGGACGGUGCCAAGCAAGCGGCGGAGCAGUGUCUUGGUACGGUGAUGGCGUAA